UCUCUUUUAUUCUGCACGUGUUGAGCUAUUAGCUACGCAUUUAUUGCAGUUUAUAGUUAUCAUUUUUAUUAUUUAAACUAAAAAAAUAUUAAUAAGAGUCAGUUGUACUGAUUUAAUUUAAAAAAUGGCUAUGCUUGCUGAACCGCGUCGUCGUAAACGAUACAAUUUGUGUCCGCGCGGCAAGGCGCUCUACGAAGAUGAUUCGCGUUUCGGCACCAAAAUGCUGGAGAAGAUGGGCUGGUCCAAGGGUCGCGGCUUGGGCGCCAAUGAGGAUGGCGCUCAGGAAUUUGUGCGUGUGCGUUUUAAGAACGACGCUGAAGGAUUAGGAUACGAGAAUCGCGAUGAUCAGUGGACAAUACAUGAGGAGGGCUUUAAUGGACUGCUUAAGGAACUUAACGGGGAGGAUAACAGUAAUGACAAGGAGGAGGCGGAGGAGGAGGAAGAAGCGCGUCCCAUGAUGGGAUUUGGUUUCAAACCGGAACCAAAGGAGCAACCAAAACCCAAAACCUUGAAGGAAAACAUUAGCGGCGUUUCCCUAGAAGAAAAGUCCAAGUUUAGCAAGGCGCGUGUGCACUACAAGAAAUUUACGCGGGGAAAGGAUUUGGCGCAAUAUAGCGAAAAGGAUUUGGCCAAUAUAUUUGGCAAAAAGGCGGCAGAUGAUAUUGCUAUCCCAGUGGCAACUCUAGAAGAAAAGGAAGAAGAAGAUAAGCCUGUCAAUGAAAAUUUUGCAGGUGUACAAACAGUGAGCACUGGUUUAUCUGUCAGUGAUUAUUUCAGGCUAAAAAUGGAGGCGAUGAAAAGUAAGUUCAAGUCGAAAGUUGGAGCUGGAGAGAUGGAAAAUAAUUUAGAGCAGCAGCCGGAGCAGCAACUGGAGGAAAAUGAGCAGAUGGAGGAGUUAAAUAUAGACAAAAAGAAGAAAAAGAAGUCUAAGAAGCAGGCUGCUGAUGAGGAGGAGGAAGUUAUCGUAGCCGCAGUUAAGGAUAAGAAGAAAAGGAAGAUGGAGCAAGCAUUGGCAGAAGACAAUGAAGAGAAAGCUGCAGAAGAAACAGAAGUUAAGGAGAAAAAGAAAAAGAAGUCCAAGUAUGAGAAGGAGAAGCAGCUAGAAGAAGCUAAACUGAAUGAAGAGCAAGCAGGUCAAACAGAGACAAAAAAGUCCAAGCAAGCAGCUGACAAGAUUCCUAAUGAGCCGAAAGAUACAAUAAAAGAAGCUCAGCUGAAUGAGGAAGUUGUUUCAGAAACAGCGCCUAAGGAAAAGAAGAAAAAGAAGUCUAAGCUUGCAGUUUCAGAAGUCCCAGAAGAGAUGGAAGUGGAACUGACAGAGUUAAAGGAGUCCAAGGUGCAAAAUACUGAAGAAACAGCUGCUGCGGAGAAGAAGAAAAAGAAGUCCAAGCGUGCUUUAAAAGAAGAAACGGAAGUUGAGUUGAUAGAUGAGAAAACUACAAAAGAAAAGCAGUCUAAACAGGAUGUCACUAAGCUGGAAGAAGCAGUAAAUGAAACAACAGACCUGGAGAAGAAGAAAAAGAAGUCCAAGCAGGUCAAAGAAGUAGCCGAAGAAAUGGAAGUCGAUUCUACAGCAGAAAAUCACAGUCAGGAGAAGAAAUCCAAGCGGGAUAAGAAGCAAACUAAAGAGCAGGAGAAAGUAGAAUCAGAAACUGCAACUAAGGAGAAGAAACAAAAGAAUUGCAAGCGUUCAGCGGAGCAGGAAAUUCUUCUAGAAGUGGAAGUCGAGGAAACCAAUCCGCCAAAGCGCAAAAAGAAAAAGAAGGAUAAACAAGACGAGGCUGAGGCGCUAAAAAAAGAGUCAACAACCGAAGAAACUGGCGAAACGACUAAAAAGGCGAAAAAGUCUAAGAAAAUUGAAGAAACUCACCAGGAAAAUUCAGAAAAAAAGAAUAAAACUAAAACCGAUGACAAAGAAGGUGAAAUCUUUGAGGUGGAAUCAACAGAUGAGGAAAAUGCUAUAAACAAUUUAAAGGAAAGCGAUAAGAAGAAGCACAAAUCCAAUGUAAGUGCUAAUAAAAAGGAUAAAGAUUUAAAACUCCAGCCAGAUAAUUAUUUAACUUAUGAGCAAUUAAUUGCAUUACGAGACUCAUUUAAUAUUUGCACAAUUUCUUCAUUUUGCGCAGAAAAAUUCCACAUCGUUGAUAUGAAGGCGUUCAAGAACUCAACACUGCCCCAAAUUCCAGGAUAUAAUAUCGAUGAAAAUAUACAACUUAAAGUAGUACAGGCUAAAAACGAUGCACUGCGUAUUAUGAGUCUCUGGGAGGGCAAAAGCAGCAAAUACAGUCAAGAUCCAGAUGGUAACAUUAAACCCAAAAGAACUACUCAUAAAACAGCAGUGAGAGCUAGAAAACGACGUCAAGUCUUCUCUGGAAUUUAGUUUAACUACGCAGCAUAACGAUUAAAAUUUUUAAAAUAAAUAUUUAAAAAAAAAA